CUGCUGACUGUUCGCCGCCGACUUGGACUCCUCUGCGGUCUGCCUGACUGCGACGAAAGCCCGCCUGCCGCGGCAGCCACGGUAACAACCCUGAGAGGCCUUUUCGCGCAUCUGCGAACCACUUGCCUGCCCUUCCUGCGUAUCGCUGCCUUCAUCAUGCAGGAGAUUACAGCCAUCGAUGUACCCGACGUUGCCACGCUCUGCCAGCCUUCUGCCGAAAAAUCGGUGGAUGAGUUCAUUCUCCUGCUGGCCUAUUUGGGCCUGCCCCUGGGACCCGAGGACCUUCUCACCGUGCUGACGGCGGAAUGCGCUCAAAGUGCCGACUUGGAAGAACCUUUCCCAAUAGAUUUACAGAAGAGAGAUUCUUCGACUUCCCUCUGCUUGGCACGUCUCAUUACCUCGUGGUGUCUUGCAGGCCGCUCCACCGAUAGUCGGAAGCUCUAUACCGACCUGCGUCAGCGUUUCCUUCCCCAGCUGACAGAGCCUCCAACCCUUUUGCCAAAACCGCAGAUUCGCGUACCCCGUCUCAUUAGCCUGCCCCGGGAGUACAUUAGACUGUUAGCGCUGGCAAAUGAAUGGAAGUUAGUUCCAUCGUCUUUAUCCUACUCCGCUAUCUAUCUGUGUACCACUUUUAAAUCGCAAGCGAUUCUUUUACCCUUUACCAAUCUCUGA